AUCUCCAAUGUCUAGAGCGGAAGUCACUGGUCACGUGAUAUUCCCAAACAUUUAAGGUUGGACAACAUCGCGGGAGCACAAAUAUUGCUGAGUCAGGCAAGUUUUUUUACAUGAGUUUUCAAUAUAAAUUUUACAGACAAAGUUAUUCGUUACUAGUUAUUCAGAGAAGUCUGAAAUAAGCGUGUAGCUUCUCAGUAUUAUAUAAGAAACUGGUUGAAGUGACUGCCCCGGCCUGCCUACUCAUUUUGUGUUGCUGCAAGCUGAUGAGUCAUAUAGACAGUAGAAUCUCUCUUAGCUCCAGACAUCCAGUCCUGUGUUACUAAUAGUAGCUCACAAAACUAUUGGAAGUGCUUACAAUCUCAAGGAUAGCUUCAGCGGUGAUGCCAAAGGCUUGCAAAGGCUAUUUCCAAGGUUGAUUUUCUCCCAAAUCAUGUAUUGGAAAAAAAUCGGUUUAGAAUGAGGCUAGAACUUCAAUCUUGUUACGUAACGGUUCACGUGACAGGUACUUCCGCUCUAGACAUUGCAAAUGCAAGAACUCUGAAAACCGCUGUAUAUGAACUUAGUCGAUCCCAGACUCGCUUCGCUCCCUACAAAUGAAUUAGAGAAAGAUCACAUCAUGAUGAACAGAAAUAUACAGUUCACUAAUUUUGUGCUGUGUACAUAUAUCAUUGUUGUUGCUCAGAUCGGCUCAAAGCUAAAAGUUCAGGCCGUCCCAGGACUGGUAGCACCUAGUGAGAGAACAACUGGACUGGGUUGUAUACCAGACGGCAGGAAUGUCAGCUAUGAGUGCACUCUACGUGGCCUCGUGACUGAGUCAACAAAUUGGCGGGGAAGUUUAAUUGCAGCCUUCUGCUCUCGUCCAGAUAACCUUCCAUUGCAGCAUUAUCAGUUCAGUACACAGUUUCGCGAAUGUGGUGAUUUAAAAGGCAUUAAUGUCAAUAAGACUGGAGAGUUGUAUACUUCAAAAAUUACCUUCAGAGCAACCACUUCUUUAGAUGGAAAAAACAUCAACUGUACUCUUGGGGGCGCAUUGUUGAUUGGAUAUGACAGAGUCAGAGUUGGAGCUCCACCUCCUCCUCUUAGUCUACUCUCCAUCAAAUUUCAUCCGUCCUCAACCCUCACUGUCAAUUGGAAUACACCCUCUGAAACAAGCAAUUUAAGGGGUUACUUGUUUCUUGUGACUGGAGAGGACUGUGGAUGUGAGAGCAUUAAUGUCAGUGUUAGCACUACCAGUGUCUCGUGUUCUGGUUGGACGGCCAGAGGUCAAACCUGCUCGUUUGAAGUGAGGACUGUUUCUCGAGAUUGUGGGUUCAUCAGUGACCCUGUGAAUGAAACUGCUUUACUAAAAGUGCCACCUGCACCAACACAACUUUUGGUAACAUUUAGUGUACUUCAAUUUGAGGUGGAGUUCAUGCAACCAACCGUUCCUCUUCUUGGGUUCAGCCUCAACUCUACUGUAACCUACACUGUACAAGUGGUGAUGGUUGGAACUAACUUCUCAAGGAAUUUCACUGGUCUGACUUGUGAUGAAACCAAAUUAUGUAAUCUCAAUCUCACAUUCCAUAAUCUCACCAGUGAUAGCUACAAUGUCAGUGUGUUUGCCUCUAACAUAUUUGGCUCUGGACCUCCUACAGUAUAUGUUGAAUGUAAUCCAGACGAUCUUGGCAGUAAUGCCACUUCUCUGAAUGGACAAGGAAUGGUCAAUGUGUCUAACGGACUAAUUCACUACAGUGGUGUGUCUCCUAGAUCUGUUGCAAUAUUAAAAUGCAAUGAUGGGUACAGAGCAAACUCCCUCCUCAACAGAACCUGCAUGUUUGGUGGACAAUGGAGUGAGGGGGCAUUGGGGUGUGUUAUGGUGGAUGAAGGAACUAUUUCAACUAAAAUUCCUGAUCCUGCCUGUCCUCUGUACUGUGCUGUUUUGGUUGGUGUUUUUGUGUUUGGAACCAUGCUUGUGUUGAUAAUCGUUUGCAUUGCAAUUGUACUCUACAUUCUGAAAAAGUAUGGAAGAGAAUGCUAUGCUUCAAUCAACACGUCUGAAAAGGUUCAACUUCAGGCCGUCAACCGAGAGAGUCCAACCACGAAUGAAACAUCACUGUCCCCUGUUGAUAUGCAGCCAUCAAAGAUAAAUGUACACAGGAGCGAGCCAUCUAAAUCUGCUCAAGUGGAUACGUAUGCAAACCCUGAAGACUUCAUUAAAACACCACCACACAUGCAGCCACAAAAGAACGAGAGGGCUGAGGAUCAGGGGGAAGUUCCGAAAUCCCUUAAUGUAGCAAUCACUGAUGAAUUGCCGUGUGCUCAGUACGAGAGCAUUGAAGUAGCCAGACCUGUUAAAGUAACUUCAACCCAGCCUUCGCAAGAAAUGUACUCUGAAGUUUUUGAUGCCUUGCCAAAAGGAAAAUCCACAAUAAUUGUGAAGAAAGUAUAACAGUCACAAAUUAAACUUAAUUUCCUUCCAGUUGUGCUUAUUGCAUUCAUUAAUUAUAGCUCUAUUUACUGUUUCAUUUCACAGUAUUGAUUUAGAGUAUCACUUAACAGUGUUUCAUUUUCAUCAUUAUUGUAAUCUUCUGCAGACUCAACAAACUUGUUUAAGCCAAAAAAAUGGAUAUUGUUGUAGUACUUG